GCCUCUGUACUGACUGUAGCUCGCGUUGCUGCACAACAUAAGUCGUACGACCAGCUGAUCGAUCGAUCACUGUCACUGAAGUCUGUGAAGAUGUUUAGUACAUUGUUGCAGUAGAGUCAUUUUUGUUGUGUUUUUGACAUACAGGGAAGAAGUGGCGAAAUAUCUUCUUUUAGAGUUGUGCAUGUGGUAGUUUUGCUAGGAUUUCGGAUUGAGCGCAUGUGCAUACGCUGAAGAAGGAGCAGGAGCUGAAGACGAGCUGCAAUACAGGAUUUACGUCGCUCUCCCAAGUCGACUAGUCCCAGGCUGAAAAGCCGAAGCUUCCGAGGCUGCUGGGGUCCGCAUCUUCCCCAGCUAGACUGUAGACUCAUCUACGCCCAUUCUAUCUUCAGUGUGAAAGAUCCAUCUGGACAGGAUUCCCUCGGGUGUGAAUCCGAAGGCGUCUUCAAAAUGGCAGAGUCUGCAGAGAUACAGGUUCGAGUGUUGUACGAUUUCGAAGGCGAUAGCGGUGGCGGAGAGCUGACGAUAACUGAGGGAGAUGUUCUGUUUGUGACGAAUCAGGAUGUUGGAGAUGGCUGGUGGGAAGGUAGAAUGCCUUCUGGACAGAUCGGACUCUUUCCCGAGACUUACGUAGAGGUUAUACCCGAGGGUGCAGCAGCAGCGCCGUCAGCCCCGCCGGUGCAAGUUGCAGAGCCCGCCGCGGCCGCGACGGCACCGCAGGACUAUGCCUACGAUCAGAACCAGGGCUAUGCACAGGAGGAGGAGGAUGGCUACCGCGACCGUGCGGAGAGCUGGGACGAAGGUGGCGAGUGGGACGAGAGCGGAACACAAGAACCUGCACCUGCAACCAGUACUACAUCGUCUCUAUCACCCAACUCUGCAGCUUAUUUGGAUGGCGCAGAUGGCGCAGCACACAGUCGCGAAUUCAAACAAUCGGAGUCCGGCAUUCAGAGAAGUGGGACCAUUCGCAAGAAUAUCAACAGGUUCUCGACAUUUGUAAAAUCUGGAGGAGAAGCCUUUUUACUUGGUGAAACGAAGGCAAGGGCUGCGGGCGGUGAAGAAGUCGCCCUCUUUCAAUCUCCAGAAGGUCCUCGUUGGACCCAAGCUCAAUCGUUUGAGCUGACAGUGACUGAGCCAACCAAGAAGAGCAAGCUGAAGGGAAUGAAAAGCUUUAUUGCGUACACCAUCUCUAUGUCGACCACCGGCGAGCUCGUGGAGAGACGCUACAAGCACUUUGACUGGCUACACGAUCGGCUGGUAGAAAAAUUCACCGUUCUGGCUGUGCCACCUCUGCCCGACAAACAAUACGCUGGCCGCUAUGGUGAGGACUUCAUUGAGAAGCGACGAGAACGUCUAGAGAUGUGGCUGAACCGCGUAGCACGCCAUCCUGUUAUUUCGCGCAGUAUGGUUUUCCAACAUUUCCUCACAUGCAAGGAUGAGAAGGCAUGGAAGGUAGGCAAGCGACGGGCAGAGAAGGAUGACCUUGUCGGUUCAGAGUUCUUUAUCACUGUGACUCGAGGACCUGACAUUGAUGCAACUGCUGGAGAUCAGGAGGUGGACCACUUUGGACGCUUUGUGAAGAGUAUGGACGACAACAUGGUGAGACUGAAGACUCGCUGUCAGGAGCAUUGCGAGCAGCAUUCUGGAGUUUUCACCCGGGAGUAUCAAAAGCUUGGCCUGGUCUUCACCAAGUUGAGUGAGACCUUUGCAAUGGAGGAGAAGCCUUAUGCGGGAGCCAUAACAGAGGCCUUUGGGCAAACUGGAAGAACGUACGAAUCUGUGGCAAAGCUCUACGAAGAACAGCCGAAGAACGAUCUUCUCCCUCUCCUGGACGUCAUCAGGGAGUACCUUGGUAUGUUGUCAACGUAUCCAGAUAUGGUGGAAGUACAGAAGGAGUCCUCUCUGAAGAUUCAGCAGUGCCGAAAGCUCCAGGAAGAAGAAAAGAUGGCGGACUCGGCUGUGCAGCAGAUUGCCGACAGAGGAACAGUUCUAACGGCCAGCAUGCAAGCUGAAAUCAACCACUUUCAUAGUGAAAGAGUCAUCGACCUAAAGGCAGCAAUGCAGCAUUUCAUGAAGGAGCAAAUUGCUUUCCAUGAACGGGUAAUCGACAAUCUCCGCGAAGCGCUGGGGAAGUAUGAUGGCUGUUAGAAGCGUAGAAUACGUGUGUGCCGUGCAAGGUGUUGCACUUCGCAUCGAGAUUUGCGGACUAGCCUGUUUUCUCUAGGUCCUUGUACAUAUUUCAUAUUUCGAAGAUAUUUUAUCAGUUAAUUUUUAGUUCUUUGUGUUGCUGUUUUUUUCUUCAAAUUCUCUGGGGCUGGUGUAACUGUAUUCAUGUCCUUGAUUUUAGUCUAGCACUUCUUAUCUUGCCCUGUACCUACCUGCAAUGGAUAAGUUAACGUUCAACAGCUCGAGACCGCGUCAGGCAAAGUCGUAAUAUUUAUGUUGUUCGUUCGGCAGGCUGGCUAGCUUUUAGCCGAGCGCGUAUUUGCAACUACUAUGUUUGCAUUCUCUGCUGAACACCACAAAAACACAAUUCAGAAUAGUAAAGAUUUGCUGACGAUAACCUUGUUACUUUCUAACCGAUAUCUUGGCUACCCAAUCUACGAAUGGAAAUAUCCCCCCUCAGUUCCGUAUUCCCUAUCUCUCCGUUAUUCAUAUUGCCCCUGGUGCACUGGCCCCUCUAGUUCAAGUAGGGUUUUUUUCCCUUAGGUCUCGGCUUUCAUAUUUCAUGGCUGUGCUGCUAUUGUCUGCGUGACACUUAUCAUGCAAUCGCUUCCUAGGUUUUGCUUUUUGGGACAGACUUUCUUUUUUUCUUGAAUCAGUCCAUGGCAUCUAUAUUUUUUUAUCCUUUGAUUUAGUUUUCUAUGCUGUACUUGGAAGUGCUGAAGUAGUUCGGCCGUCCUCUAUUGCACUUCGAAGCAUAGAAGUGACGUGCUUGUCUUAUCGUCUA